UGAAUCUGUGAAGACCACUGGUGAAGACAGCCUAUAUGUAAGGCGACUCAUGCGCUUGCGCACAAAAGUGCAAGCAUUGUCGAAAAUGUCAAUACUUGUGAAGAAAAAGAAUUUCAAAAAUAUGUGAUGUGGUAAAAAAAAAGAGUGAAGAAAGUUUCGUGUUAAAGUUGGCCCCUAAUAAAAACACUAAUAAGUCGGCACGCUGUCACCGCAAAAUGAAAAAGUCAAAUAAACAUCGAUCGGGCGUGAGUAACAUUUCCUCGGUUUGUUUGGCCGAAGGAAAAAGUGACGUUGCUGACAUACAAGAGCAACUAACAACUUCUUAUACGAAGGAACAAGAUAUCCCUGAAUAUUUGGAGGGCUGUGGUUUGAACACAUGCUCGGCGGGUGACACGCCAGAUACUGUCGAGCCAUUGUCCCGAGAUACCAAGGAACAUUCUAAGGAGAAGAAGCUUUCAACAGCCUCCAUAUCUGGUACAGAUACAAAGAAAACCGUUACAGUGAAACACCCGGAGUCGAAUAAACCAAAACCAACAGCCAAGAAAGGUAAACCCAUACAAGCCGACCUGGAUGUUUCUAAGGAGUUCAUCAGAUGCAGAGACGAGUGCGUCACUCGUUUGGAUCUCAGCAAAUCGAGCAUUACAAAUCUUCCAAACACUGUGCGUGACCUUACGCAUCUCGUCGAGUUUUAUCUCUAUGGUAAUAAAUUGGUCACUUUGCCGCCAGAGAUUGGUUGCCUUACCAAUAUCAAGACACUGGCGCUGAGUGAGAACUCGCUUACAAGCUUACCAGACACAUUGGCGAAUCUAAAGUCUCUUAAAGUUCUGGAUUUGAGGCAUAACAAGCUCAGUGAAAUACCGGACGUUGUGUACGAGUUGACGUCAUUGACUACCUUAUUUUUGCGAUUUAAUCGUGUCAGGUUUGUCAGUGAGAGCAUCAGGAACCUGACCAAUUUAACGAUGCUAAGUUUGCGAGAGAACAAAAUCAGGGAACUCCCAGCUGGUAUUGGUAAAUUAGUUCAUUUGAUCACCUUUGACGUAUCGCACAAUCACUUGGAGCAUUUACCUGAAGAAAUAGGUAAUUGCGUUCAGUUGUCUACAUUGGAUUUGCAGCACAAUGAGCUACUUGACAUACCAGAAACCAUUGGGAAUCUUACCGCUGUUACCAGACUCGGGUUGAGGUACAACAGAUUGUCUAGCAUACCAAAGUCACUUGCCAACUGCAAAUUGAUGGACGAAUUCAGCGUCGAAGGUAACCAAGUAUCACAACUGCCCGAAGGCCUGCUGUCAAGCCUGUCAGACUUGACUACGAUCACGCUGUCUCGGAAUGCGUUCACUGCUUAUCCUUCUGGAGGUCCGUCCCAGUUCACAAACGUUCAUUCGAUCAACUUGGAGCACAAUCAGAUCGACAAAAUACCGUACGGUAUUUUUUCCAGGGCUAAGAAUCUUACCAAACUGAACAUGAAGGAAAAUCAGUUGACUGCUCUGCCCUUGGAUAUUGGUACUUGGACUAAUAUGGUCGAGUUGAACCUGGGGACAAAUCAACUUACAAAAAUUCCUGACGACAUCCAGUGUUUGCAGAGCUUGGAAAUUCUUAUCCUGUCGAAUAAUUUGCUGAAGCGAAUUCCUGCGAGUAUAGCCAACCUACGGAAACUUCGUAUACUGGAUCUUGAGGAAAAUAAAAUAGAAUCUCUUCCUAAUGAAAUUGGGUUUCUUCGAGAUCUUCAGAAAUUAAUAUUACAGUCUAAUCAGGUAACUUGCUUGCCUAGAGCUAUCGGACAUCUAACUAAUCUGACUCAUUUGAGUGUAGGGGAAAAUAAUUUAAAUUACCUUCCGGAAGAAAUUGGAACCUUGGAGAAUUUGGAUUCCUUGUAUGUUAAUGACAAUGCCAAUUUGCAUAAUUUACCAUUCGAACUGGCGCUGUGCACAAACCUCAGUAUUAUGUCAAUUGAGAAUUGUCCACUUUCACAAAUUCCAGCCGAAAUUGUUGCCGGAGGUCCGUCGCUAGUUAUACAAUUUCUAAAAAUGCAAGGACCAUACAGAUCAAUGUAACAAGACUUAGGUAUGCAUAUUGAUGAUUGUGUUAUCUGAUGUAUCACAUAUUGUUCCAAUGGGUGAAAUUAAUUUUUUCCAUCACGGAAAAACUUACUUUGUAUGAAUUUGUAUUGAUUGUCCUACGUAACGUGCCGAUUAAAUUGGACAAUUACUUUGUAAAUUAUUUUCUAUCGCCAGCUACAAUAUAAAUCUGUGGAUAUAAAGAUAUUUUAUUAUUUACUUCUAACUAUGAUGUAAUGACACGCUUGCAGCAUUGUUCACUUCCUGUAACUUGUGAUUUCUUUUUUUCGUAAAAUCAUAAUUUAUUCACAUUUUCUAAGGGUAUCUACUGACUAAAGCUAGGGAAAGUUAGGAAAAUUAAACAUGGUUAAAAAUUGUGCAGGUUUUUCAAAAGAAAGACUAAACACUUCUAUAUGCAAUGGUGUAUUAUAAUUAUUUUUCCAGAUCAUAUUUUGCAACAGUUGCUAAUGGAAAGUCUGUAAAUUUCACAUCAAUUUAUUUUUGGCAGUUCAGGCGGACUUUAAUUUAUCCCAUAAAAAAGGUGAAGGUCGAUAAGAAAUUAUCAUAUCCAAGUUAGUAAUGUUAUUGUAACGGUUCAUGCCGAGGAAAAACCGUUAUUUCACGAUUUUGAAAUAGUGUGAAACUCAGUAAACCGUAAUAAAACAAAACAUACUAUAUUUCGAAAUCUUACUUCCUCCAAAAUCGUUAUAAUAUUCAAAAAAUAGUGACCUUUGCCCCAAUGUCUCGUUGCGAUAACUUUACUAACUUCGACCUUGUCAGAAAUUCACGUAAACAUAUUGACAUAAAACUUGCUUACGCCAAAGAUUUGACGAAAUUUCGCUACAAAUGUUUCUUGAAAAUUCGUACAUAGUUUUACGUAAAAGAAUUGAUGUACAAAUAAAUCUGUACGGCUUUUUGAAUCUGUUUGAAAACACUUGCCGCCAUAAAAAUGUACAUACAUCUAAGGUAUAUAUGUGGAUUUUCCAAAAUGUGCCAAUGUUAUCAUUGCUAAACUUCAUCAACUUUCUAUAUUGCAACGAUCAAGCUAUAAUAAGAAACAAAAAAAUCUUAGGAAGAAUUCAGCAAAAAUGUAUGUAUGAAAAUACCAAUGAAGUAGCCAAAAAUCGAAAUAAUUUAAGAUCAGUUUUUCCACUUUUGGAAAAAUGAACAAUGACAAAUGAGAGGGUACAAAUCAAACAAACAGUAGCCAUUUCAGACAUUGCAUGCAUGUUCCUGAAAUUUGGAUUAAUCGAGUUUGAUCGAAAACUCAAGUGCCCCUAAUUUUGAUAUAGUUAAAAAAAAUUUGGGACUAUUUUGGACCUAUGUUAUAGAUUUACAUUGCAACUUUAUAUUGCCGAUUUAAAUUCUUGACCAAGCUAAAAUAAUCAAUUGAAACUUUACGUACUAUUCUCAUGCACGGCUGUUUCCCUAUUUUCAAAUGUCAAUGCCUUACCUUGAAAGACAAUAAAUAGAACAUUCAUAUGAAUGAAAACUGUCGUUUUAUUAUUAUCUGCAUACUAAGCACAAACAAAACAAAAAAAAAAAACGCUGAAAGGCCCAAUACAGAAUAGAGACGACAUCCUUUUCCGCGAA